AUGGAUGAUAAUCCUAAUGAAUGGAGAAUUAUGUAUCACGGUACUAAGUAGCAUUUUGUUAGUUCAAUUGUGAAAAAUAAUUUAAAUCUUACUAAUGGUAAUGUUUGUGCUAAGUAUGAUUGCUAAGAUGAGUCUGGAAAUACUGUAAAGGUAGGAAUAGGAUUUUAUUUUUCAAAUGAUUUUAACGUUUAUGUUAAUUAGGAUAUGCUGGAUACACUAUAAUUGGUAAUAAAUAAUUUGCACCUAUCUUUAUGUCAAGAGUAAAUCCCAAGAAAGUUAGACAGGGAGGAAGCUAUAUGA